CGAAAAUAACCAACACCUAACAUUCAAAAACGUCGCCAUUGAAUAACCCGCCAAUCUCAUUAAGAACGGUUAGUGGAAGUGGACUAUUACUAUUACAGCACACACCAACCCUCAAACAAAUGGUGACUUACUGGUCUAAUCCCAACAUCGAAAUUUGCUCUCCCAACAAGCCAUGUAUCGACCGGUUUGGACUCUUCCUACCCGUUCUCAGCCGUGGCAUGACUCCUGGACUUGCCUUCUAACUCCUCUCACCCUCUGGAUUUGUGUUUCGGCUACUCUACGAUAUGGGUAUUAUGGAGAUUGUCGUAUGGUUCUUGGACCCAACUCUUCACGGCUGGUUAAGGCGAGCUCUCUUUUUGUUCAGCAAGUUCAAGUAAGAAAUGAGAAUAAUAAAGGUGUUUCUCUUUAUGCUCUUGAUGGAAAACCUGAAUUGAGCUCCCAAACAAAUUGGAGUGUGUCGAACUAUUUGGCUGUUGGAUCCUACAGUCAUAAGCAGGGAUUUUCGUUCUGGUUAAACAAGGGUUCAAGGAUAAGAUUGAGAUUAGAAGCUCAGAGUAGUUCAAUGAAUCAACUUGAAGCGAUUAUGAGUAAAGGUGAACGAAGCUAUAAAACACUGCAACCUCAAUUGUCAAGUGUUUCUUCUAGUGCCCUGGCCCUUAAUGAACCAGUAGAAGGUAAAGAAAUGGAGUAUAUUAUUGACGAAGAUGAGAGGUACUACCUUGACAUCAUAAACUCAAAUUCCAGAAGUAUAGUUGUAUCUCUGAGUGUGAAUGUUUCAUCAACGAUGUAUGAUAUUACUAAAGCCAAGAACAAGUGUUCAACAACAAAGGGGUCUUGCCGGCUCAGAAUUCUAAUCUCAUAUACUCACUAUGUGAUAGUAACCACGCCCAACGACGGUCAUCUAGAAGGGUGGUACCUUGAGCUUUCUUUCGUGGCUCGUGUCAUAACCUAUAUUGCAAUUUUAGGGUUUAUUACGGUUUUUAUACUUCUAUUACUGAAAUACCUUGGAUCCUGUGAUGGUGACGUAACUGAAAGUCCUGUCAUGUACAACACUGUCGAUGACGUUGCUGAGACUCGCCCUAUGCUGUUAGAGAAGCCAAUUCGAUGUACAUAUGGAACAACUGAACAUGAAGAAGAUGAUGACUCUGAGGCGUCUAGUAGCAGCUCUGAGGAGUUGUAUGAUGCAAAAUUAUGUGUUAUUUGUUACGAUGAUCAGCGCAAUUGUUUUUUUGUUCCUUGUGGUCAUUGUGCUACUUGCUAUGAUUGCGCUCAGAGGAUCAUGGAUGGAGAGAGCAAGGUAUGUCCCAUAUGUAGAAGGCUCGUUCACAAGGUGAGAAGGUUGUUCAACCCAUAGUGAUGUUAUAGGUUAAGGGUACACUUUUGAAAGAGAAUGAAGCAAUAGUAAUGCUGUGGAUAAUGCUAUUCAACUUGUGCCAAAGACAACGUACGCCUUGAUUGAGCAAUAGAAGUGAGUACGGUCUGCCAUGUCUUCGAAUUGUCAGCAGUGGUUUAUGAAAAGCUUCUCAGUUUUUUCAAGGAAAAGAUUUUAGAUUAUUUCUGAAGACACCUGUUUGUGCUUAGUGCAUCCACUGGCUAGUGAAAUGUUCAGAUAAUGUUUUUGUGCCCAGGUAAUACUAGACAUGUAUUCCUUUUUAUUUCAGUAUGUAUGCUGGUAUGGAUUUACACUUGGGAAGCUUUUACCCAACUGUAGGCUUUUCUUUUUCCUUUUUUGGUAUGAAUUUCAGCUACAAAUAUAAUUUGCGCUUUUAUGGACUUUA